CGAACCGUUUUCUUAUUUGCUGGUGGAAGCGGCCUGCGCGUUUGCUUUUUUCAGGGGCAUGGAAAUGGGUGAAGGAUUCACGGGUGAGGGUUUGGAAGAGGAGGAGGAGGAGGAAGACGAAGAAGAGCUCCCGGAAGCUCCUGGUUGCUCCGGAGCGGCCUCGCGCUUCGAGAGGGAAAGCCGCUCACAGUCGAGUGGUGAGGGGAAUGAAGAGAUGGAAGAAGAGGAGGAGGAAGAAGAGAUAGAAGAAGAAGAAGAAGUAGCAGCUCUAGAAAGGGGACAUAGGGAGCCCUUUGGAAGCUUUGGGAUGGAGGAGGGAGCAAUGGACUCAGACGAUGAAGAUGAGCGUAUGAUUAAUCUGUCUGAACUGACACCAUACAUAAUGUGUUCCAUCUGCAAGGGGUAUUUCAUAGAUGCCACAACUAUCACAGAGUGUCUUCAUACAUUCUGUAAGAGCUGCAUAGUAAGACAUUUUUACUACAGUAAUAGAUGUCCAAAAUGCAACAUUGUGGUGCAUCAGACACAGCCCCUAUAUAAUAUCAGGCUGGAUCGACAGUUGCAAGACAUAGUAUAUAAAUUAGUAGUCAACUUGGAGGAAAGGGAGAAGAAGCAAAUGCAUGAUUUCUACAGAGAGAGAGGUCUAGAAAUACCCAAACCUGCUGUGCCACAGUCAGUUGCUGUAGUCAGGGGGAGACCUCGCAAAGUUGUAGGCUCAGUGUUCCGUAUCCCCCCAGAACUUGACAUGUCACUACUCCUGGAAUUUAUUGGAGCUAAUGAUCUCUCAGGGAGUUUUAAGCCACUAGAAAAAAAGUUUGUACGGGUUUCAGGAGAGGCGACAAUUGGACAUGUUGAGAAAUUCCUCCGAAGAAAGAUGGAUCUUGAUCCUGGCUGUCAGGUAGAUAUAAUAUGUGGAGAUCAUCUGCUGGAACACUACCAGACUUUAAGGGAAAUCCGACAAGCUCUAGGAGAGAGUGCAGUGCAGGAUGGCUUACUUGUACUGCACUACGGUCUGAUUCUGAGCAGAGAUUCUUCAUUUUAAAAGAUUGUGUAAAUCUCAGAAGUCAAAGGGCUCUGAAGAAGCAGAUCAAUCAUCAGUCCUGAAGUACACCAAAGAAGGCCAGCUUAUCAGGAAAAAUGCAUUACUGUUUGCUCUGUGCGAGUUAAUUAAUUUAUCAGCAUGGAAAACAAAUGCUGUGCCCAUAAUUAUUGAGAGAGACUGCAGUACUUUCUGACAACAGAAACCUACUAGCUCAGGAAGAGCACACCCACUAUGAAGUGAGCACAUCUACUCAUUUUAGUUGCUGUUUUGUGGCCUUACAAGGUCACUACAUAUUUAUUCCCAGGGUUUUGGACAAGCCUGUGCCCGAGAGUCCUUAAAUACACAAUGGCAAUGGUGUUCUCAAGGAUUAUCUUUGGUGUUUCAUAUACAUUCUUCUUGGUGACACUUUAUGUGCACUGGUUGAUUCGUAUCGAAAUAGAAUGGGAAACCUUUCAGAUUAGUCUGUAAAAGAAAUGGGGAACAACCACUCAUUAUCAGUUUUAAGCAUUAUAUCUCACAUUUUCAUUAGAAAUAACAUUAAGCUAUGCAACAUCAAAGUGGCAGGACACAGUGUGAAGGGAAUUUUGACACCUACUAAUUAGGCACCAAGUUCUUUACCCAGUGUGAAUUUUUAUGUAGAGCUGGCUGUGAGGUCCUUUUUUGAAACCAUUUAAGUUCUUGAUUCUGUUCCUACUGAAGUCAGCAUUCAGCCUUUGUUAUGGUCCAUAAGGAUUCCCUGCUCACGGCACCCUUGCCCAGUUUCUUCAUACUUCUUAGCAAGUCCACUUCUGUUCCUAGCUUCCAGCCACAAUCACAUUUGUGCUGCCCCUUCACAGCAAGAUGUUCCAUCCUUUUCUAGUGCUUAUUCCUCAGCUUCCUUCAGCUGCCGUUUUGGAGCCUCAGUUGCUGGCACAUGACUGGGUGUCACCUCUUCCAAAUGUAAGAGCUUCAGACAGCACUCUGUUGCAGUGUCAAGGACAAAGGAGACGGUACCUUGAAUGGCAACAUAUCUGAACAUUUGAUUUUGUUUAUUUCUUUUAACACAUUCACAAGACUGGCUUAGCCACAGGGAUCUCAGAGAAAGUGUUGAAAUUGGCUUAUAAUAUCACCACAGAUGAAAUAUAAGGACCUGAGACUGCUGUAUACAGAACAGUGGGUAGAAUAUGUGCUUUCUGAUAUAAAAGGCAUCAGUCUACAAAUUAUUCAUUCUUUUUCAGUAUUCCAUUCUGUUAGAGAUAGAAUUACUGCUCCAUGUGCAUAAAGACAAUUGAGACUUCAUUAAUAUAUAUUUUUUGUAAU